CGUUCCUACUCCAGAAGUUUCCUUAUAAACUUUUACUUAAAAAAGUCGUAAGUGUUUCAUCAUGGACUCCCAAGAAUAUGGAUAUGUCUACAUGAUGACAACUCCGCAAAGAUCACCAACAGAUUGGGGGUCUUGCUCAACAGCUAGUUACGAUAGUACAGAAGAUUACGUUGGCGGAAGUCCUGACGUUGACGGAAGAAAAUCAAGGGUAACUCCACUGAUUUUAAGAAAACGAAGAUUAGCUGCGAAUGCAAGGGAAAGAAGAAGGAUGCAAAAUUUAAAUCAAGCCUUCGACCGAUUAAGGACCUUUCUGCCACAAUUGGGACAAGAUCGACAAUUAUCUAAGUAUGAAACUCUUCAAAUGGCUCAAACUUAUAUCGCUGCGCUUUAUGAUUUAUUAGAACAACGUCCUUAGAUGUUAAUAUUUAAGUUAUUAAUUUUGGAGUAGGACUACCGCAGAAACCAAAGUCGAAUUUAAGGAAUAAGUUUUUUUGUAUAAAAUAACGAUUAAGGUGUUGUAAAUAUCGUUGAUUAAUUUUUAGUCUUUACCGUCUAUCAGUAUUAUUAACAUAAAUCUAAAAUUAUUGUAAAACGUUUAAGUUAAUUUAUGCUGUGAAUUAAUUAUAUCGUGCCAAAUGUUUACUUUUUUAUUAUUAAUAAAAUAAAAAAUCUUCAA